AUGGACCCCACGCGGGAGCAGCCCGGAGGCGGGGGACCAGCCGCAGAAUAUGUACCUGAGCUGGCCCUAGAGCAGGUGACCCAGCACCCAUACAUCAAAGAACUGCUGGAAGUUCUCAAGCGCAUCGCACAACAGGUGUACAAGGACAAGCACAAGGAGCUGCAGAGGUGGUCUGAAACUCUCAGAGGCUUCACUUUUAGCGGAUUUUCUCAAGUGGCACGCGAAAUAUUUUCAGGCGGCAUCACCUGGGGCAAAAUUGUCACCCUUUUCUGCUUUGCCAGCAAACUGCCACAACACAAGGUGGGCAGCUUCAGGUUCCUGCACGUCUCUUUGGCGCCGAUCGACGUCAUCAUGGACAUGACGCUGCUCAUCAUUCGAAAGCUACUGUUGCCCUGGAUCCAGGAACAGGGUGGCUGGCAUGAAUAUGGCAUGUUUCCAUGA